CAUUUGUACAGUUGCAAAUUCUGAUGCCAACAAUAUGCAGACACAAACACCGAGCACGUCAACGUGCUCAAGCAUGUAUCAGACCCCCCACUCCCGCUGGACUGCUUUGUCCCACCGCGCCCCCGCAACUCACUCGUCCUUCAUCUACGGCGUCAAGUCCACCAAGAUCUACUGCCGCCCCACCUGUCCCGCUCGUCUUGCCCGAAGAGCCAAUAUUAUCUUCUACGACACAGCAGAUCAAGCGCAACGCGACGGCUUCCGUCCAUGCAAACGAUGCAAGCCAGAUACUGCGGGAUUUGCUGGAGAGAGGGAGGAGGUGGUCACCAAGGUCAUAGCGCUGUUACGAAUACAAAAAAAUGACAGGAUGAUGAGACGAGGGGUGAAGGAACUUGCAAAAGAAGUCGGAGUAUCGACCAGCUAUCUCUGCCGAGUGUUCAAGAAAACGAUGGGAAUUACAAUAGGGAGUUACAUGACAGAGUUUGAGAAGGAGGCUAGUGGGAAUGAGACCGAGACUGAAAUCUCAAUUCAACCGCUUGAAAGGUUUAUGCCAGGGGUGGUGGUUGCCGGAACCGAUCUCUACACGCCACCUAUCUUAGCGAACGGCCCUGCAGUGCCGAUUGAUGAAUCUGAAGGUGGGUUGAGAGAGGGUGUGGGAAACCUUCAAGACGCUUUGGACUUCAAUCUGGACGAAUGGUUUUGGUUUGACGAGUUUUGGAAUCAAGGUUCAACUACAACCAGCGUCUGAUGAUGUGCCGUGGCGGUGGCUUAGUCGUUGAUCACGGGUACUGCCAUACCUCUAUCCUGGCGGUUUAUACCAUGGCUAGUCUCACGCUAGCUGAACACGACUUAUCCGGUAGGAAAAUAUAUCUCUAGCCUGACAUAUCGAACCAUUCGGCGUUAUGCUGCUUUAGCGAGCUGCAUUCCGCUAUACCGAGGAGGAUAAGGCGCUAGUACAAAUAGCUCAGGGAGCAGUACAUAUGAAGCAUGUCUGAAUCUUAUGUAGUAAGAUUGCAGCAAGGCGCACGGUCCUCAGAUGAAGACGGACAUUCCUUGCGGGUAUGUGCCAGAACCGGGAUAUGCUUCGUCAAGUUACAGUUUGCGUGAACGAGCCAAGCAAAUUUUAGAGAGUGAGUGAGUACAUGCUAAGGGACACACUCGUAACGGCCUACGAAUUACCUUCCAUAACAGGAAAAUGUUGAAGGUUGGGUGAUACGAUG